CAAUGGUGCGGCCUGUAAGGCAUAAGAAACCAGUCAAUUACUCACAGUUUGAGGACUCUGACAGCGACGAUGAUUUUAUUUCUGGAACUGUACCUUUAAAAAAGAAAUCCAGACCACAGGCGUUGAAACAAGAGAAACCAAAACCUAACUUGAAGAAUCUCCAGAAUGAAGACAUUACACUGCAAGAGAACAGCCCUAAAAAAAGGCCCCUUAAGAGUACAUUUAGUAUUCUAGCUGGUGCCGUGCAUUGUACCAAAAUGGCUUUAGAUGACAAACUCUACCAGAGAGACUUAGAAGUUGCACUAGCUUUAUCAGUGAAGGAACUUCCAACAGGUGAUGUGCAGAGAUCUCAUGGUAAAUGCAUUGAAAAACAUGGCAAUAGUAAAACAGAAACAGUGACUAAGUCUCCUCAUAUCUCUAAUUGCAGUGUAGCCAGUGAUUAUUUAGAUUUGGAUAAAAUUACUGAGGAAGAUGAUGUUCGAAGUACUCAAGGGAAAAGGAGAGCAGCCUCUAAAGCUGCAGUACAGCAGAGGAAGAUUCUUUUGGAAGGCAGUGAUGGUGACAGCGCUAAUGACACCGAGCCAGACUGUACAACUGGUGAAGAUUCUGAGGAUGAUUCUGAUUUUGGUGAGGAUGGAGAUGAUGAUGUAGACUUCACUGUGAGAAAAAGUAAAGGUAAAGAAAUUAAAAAGAAAGAAGUGAAGGUGAAAUCCCCAGUAGAAAAGAAAGAGAAGAAGUCUAAAUCCAGAUGCGGUGCUGCAGUGACUUCAGUAGACUCUGCUCCAGCGGCUAUCAAAUUGGAAUCACAACCUUCACCCAAAAAGGUUUCUCUUUCUUCAGAGGCCACUAGGAAACCAUCACAAAUACGCAGUCCUUUAACUGAAAGCAAGAGACCUAAGUGGGUGCCACCAGCUGCAUCCGGCAGUAGCAACAGCAGUAGCAACAGCAGUAGCCCACUGACAGGAGCUUCCGUCAAGUCUCCAAAUCAGAGUCUCCGUCUCGGCUUGUCCAGAUUAGCACGAGUUAAACCUUUGCAUCCAAGCGCCACUAGCAGCCGAGUGUGGUAGUGAAGAAAUGUU